UUACGACAUAGAGGGAACUUUGUCCAUAAUGCUUCUGUAAUUAAAACAGGCAAGGGUGAACUGAUUCCAUGCAAACGACCACCGAAGAAAGCCCAAGGCACUGACUUUAUGCAUUGUGCAUAUUGCCAAGGGUUAUUUACCAGGAAUGUUCUUUGGCGACACAUAAAGGUCUGUAAACUAGGCCCUGAAGGUUUUACUCCAAAACCUGGGAAGAACCGUGUCCAGUCUCUCUGUGCAUUUGCACAGCCUGUACCUUCACACAUAAGCAAAGCACUGUGGAAGGCUUUAAGCCUCAUGCAUGGAGAUGAAAUCACAGCUGCUGUCAAAAAUGAUAGCUGCAUCAUUCAGUUGGGGGAACAUUUGUUGAACAAAGGUGGAUCAACUGCAAAACAUGAAGCAUGCAUACGACAGAAGUUGCGAGAACUAGGAAAACUACUUAUCACUGGCAGAAACGUUGCAUCUCUAAAGACAAUGGACGAUUUUAUACAUCCUCAAAACUACAUGAAGAUGGUUCAAGCUGUCAGACAUACAUGUGGAUAUGAUAGUGAAGCCAACACAUACAAAACUCCUUCUCUAGCAAAAAAACUUGGAAUAAGCCUGAUGAAGCUCAGCAAACUCAUGAAAGCUAAAGCUUUGAUUGCGGAAGACCACUGCUUGGCACAGAAUUUCAGUAACUUCCAAGAAAUACAUAAAGAACGGUGGUGUGAACUGAUCUCUGCAACAGCAGCACGAAAUCUUGAGGAGUCAAAGUGGAAUGCCCCCACAGUGUUGCCUUUUACAGAAGAUGUGCAAAAACUUCAUGCAUUUCUCAAUAAAAUGCAAGAUGAGUUGAUCAAGCAGUUAUCAGCGGAGCCCACAUCAAAAUACUGGUCUGAGCUUGCAAAGGUCGCUUUGACUCAAAUCAUCCUCUUUAACCGUCGUAGAGAGGGAGAGGUAUCGUGUAUGCUCCUGUCUGCUUUCUUAUCCAGGGACAGCAGUGAUCCACAUGAUGAUAUAGAUUGGGCCCUCUCUGAAGUUGAGAAAAAACUCUGCAGGCACUUUUCCAGAAUUGUGAUCAGAGGAAAAAGAGGACGUCCAGUUCCCAUUCUGCUGACCCCUAAAAUGCUGAAUGCAGUAGAGUUGCUUGUGAAGAACAGGGAGACUUGUGGAGUGCUGAAAGACAAUGUUUAUCUCUUUGCCCGGCCAUCAGCAAUGUCACAUUACAGAGGAUCAGAUUGUAUCCGCAGCUUUGCGAAGUCUUGUAAUGCAAAUAGUCCUGAUGCACUGACAUCCACAAAACUGCGAAAACAUGCUGCCACUCUUUCUACAGUUCUAAACUUGAAGGACACAGACAUGGAUCAGUUAGCAAACUUCCUGGGACAUGACAUCAGAAUUCAUAGGGAGUACUAUCGCCUUCCUGAAAAGACCCUCCAACUUGCAAAAGUCAGCAAAGUUCUUAUGGCAUUAGAACAAGGGAGACUUGCGGACUUCAAGGGCAAGAAUUUGGAUGAGAUCAAUAUUGACCCAAAUGAGGAGAUGGAGCUAAUUGAUGACGAUGAAGGAAGAAGUGAGGUAGAGGAUGAAACAUAUGAAGAACUUGGAGAAGCAAUGCAAGAGGAGUCACCAGAAGCAACACAAGUACCACCACUUGACACUGCACUUAUUUCCCUACCAGAGAGGAAGAAAUCACUGAAGAUACCUUCUGUUAAAGGUAAAACACAUGCACAGAAAAGAAGAAAAGCUUGGGAAGUGAUUGAGAUCCAGGCCGUGGAAACACACCUGAAAAACUUUAUCAGUUCAUGCCGUGUCCCAGGGAAGCUACCUUGCGAACAGUGCAUAAGAGCUGAGCCUUCAGCGCUUAAAAACAGAGAUUGGCAGAGUGUCAAAUUCUAUGUUCACAAUCGCAUUGUGGCUUACAAGAAAGAUUUGAGCCACAAUGUGUAAUUUUUUUUUUGUUUAUUUCAUUUGAAAAACAUGUAAAUACACUGA